AUAGAACAUCGUAUGUGGAUGUAUGAUAGGAAUCUUCCUAAUCGGCGGGGUUUAAGAAAUGAAUUUGUACAAGGUGUUCAUGAGUUUAUUAAUCAUGCAAAGUCAUUUAGCCAAAAUAAGGAGAUGAUUAGGUGCCCUUGUGCGAAAUGCAAGUGCAGAAAAUGGUUGAAACUAGAGGAUGUUAAGACUGAUCUAUAUAGUAAGGGCUUUAUGGAUAAUUACUAUGUGUGGACUAGUCAUGGAGAGACUAAGGAUAGUGAUGGUAAUAUUUAUAACCAUAAUUUUGAUAUUGGUGAAAGUAGUCAAGAUCCUAGAUUACAUGAAAUGGUUAUGAAUGCUUUUGGAAUGUACAAUGAGGGUGACAACCAACAAUAUGUUGAUCAAGCUCCCAAUGAAGAGGCAAAUCAUUUUUACGCACAGUUAGAGUCUGCUAGUCGUCCACUUUGCAAUGACAUGUCGCACUCUAAGUUGUCUGUAGCGACUAGAGUACUAAGUAUUAAAUCAGAUGCCAAUGUUUCUCAAGCGGGCAUGAACUCUAUGAUUGAGCUUAUGAAAGAACUUAAUCCCAACCUAGACAUACCCGAUAAUUACUAUAAGGCAAAGAGAUUGGCUUCCAAGUUAGGGCUUUCUUCAGAGAGAAUUGAUUGUUGUGAAAAGGGAUGCAUGUUGUAUUAUAAGGAUGAUGCAAACUUAGAGAACUGUAAAUUUUGUGGGAUGACUCGCUUUAAACAGCUUGCCAGCGGGAAUAAGGUUACGAUUAAGUCUAUGCAUUAUUUACCUCUUAUACCAAGGCUAAAAAGGUUGUAUGCAUCGAUGAGUUCCGCUCCACACAUGAGAUGGCACUAUGAAAAUAAAAGGCCACCUGAUGUUCUAUGUCAUCCAUCUGAUGGAGAGGCAUGGAAGCAUUUUGAUAGAAUAUUUCCAGAUUUUGCUAAUGAACCAAGGAACAUUCGGUUGGGUUUGUGUGCUGAUGGAUUCACACCAUUUUCUAUCUCAGCUACUCCAUAUUCAUGUUGGCCCGUCUUUGUCACACUGUAUAAUCUUCCACCUGAGAUGUGUAUGACAAGUCCAUAUUUGUUCCUAACUUGCAUUAUCCCUGGUCCCCGCAAUCCAAAGAGCUUGAUUGAUGUAUAUUUGCAGCCUUUGAUUCAUGAAUUACAAAUUUUAUGGCAUGAAGGUGUUGUAACAUAUGACAUAUCAACUAAACAAAACUUCAACUUACGUUCUGCUUUGAUGUGGACUAUAAAUGAUUUCCCCGCAUAUAGGAUUUUGUCAGGGUGGAUGACCGCAGGAAAGUUAGCUUGUCCUUAUUGUAUGGAAAAUAGCAAAGCGUUCACUUUAAAACAUGGGGGCAAGAAUUCAUGGUUUGAUUGUCACCGUCAGGUCUUACCAGUUGAUCAUGAGUUUAGGGGUAUGAGGAAUGCAUUCAGGAAGAAUAAAACUGAACAUGAUUUACCACCACCCAUAUUAUCUGGGGAGGAAGUGUGGGAGUGGGUUAGGGACUUGCCUAAGGUAACAAAAGAGCCACCUUCUAGAUUAAAUGGAUAUGGAGUUGUGCACAAUUGGACGAAACAGAGCAUAUUCUGGGAGUUACCUUAUUGGAAGCAUAAUCUUCUUCGGCAUAAUCUUGAUAUCAUGCAUAUUGAAAAGAAUUAUUUUGAUAAUUUAUUCAAUACUGUGAUGGAUGUUAAAGACAAGACAAAAGAUAACAUCAAGGCUCGGAUGGACUUAGAGGAAUAUUGUAGGCGGCCAGAAUUGCACCUACAACAAUCGAACAACAGAAAUAAGAUCAUCAAGACAAAGGCUAGUUAUACAUUCACUUUGCAAGAUAAACAACAGAUUUGUGAGUGGAUAAAGAAUUUGAGAAUGCCUGGUGGGUACGCGUCCAACUUGGGCAAGCGUGCAGAUGUGAUAGAAGGAAAGUUGGUAGGCAUGAAAAGUCAUGAUUGUCAUAUUUUUAUGGAAACUUUAAUUCCUAUUGCAUUUAGUGUUGCCUGA